AUGGUUGAUAAGUUACAGGAUGAGUCUAAAAAAGAGCAAAUGGCGAUAGUUUUGAGAUUUGUUGAUGCGAAAGGAAUCAUACAUGAAAGGUUCUUGGAUUUGGUUCAUGUUAGGGAUACCUUAUCAUUAACCUUGAAAACAAAUAUGUGGAGACAACUUUUACACUAUCAAUUUUAUGUUAUUAAAAUCCAUGGCCAAGGUUAUAAUGGUGCGAGUAAUAUGAGAGGGGAAUGGAACGGAUUACAAGCACUUGUUCUUGAGGAUUGUCCUUAUGCAUAUUAUGUUCACUGCUUUGCUCAUAGAUUGCAACUAGCCUUGGUGGCUGUUUCAAGGGAAAUUAUUCCGGUUCACCAGUUUUUCACAAACUUAAUUUUUACAAUUAACGUAGUUUGUGCUUCCAGUAAGCGUCAUGAUGAGUUACAAAAAGAAAAGGCAACUGAGAUUGAACAGUUAUUGGAACUAGGUGAAAUCGAAUCAGGUAAAGGAUUGAAUCAAGUUGGGACAUUAAGAAGAGCUGGUGAUACACGUUGGGGUUCUCAUUUUCGUUCCAUUUGUAGUUUGCUUAACAUGUUUGCUUGUACUCGUGUUGUUCUCCAAGGAAUAAUUGAUGAUGUAUCUGCUACUUAUUCUCAACGCGGAGAUGCUGAUGCAACUUACUGUUAUCUGAAAUCAUUUGAGUUUGUGUUUAUUCUUCACCUGAUAAAGGAAGUAAUGGGAAAAACUGAAAUACUUUCUCAAGCUCUACAAAAGAAAUCCAAAGAUAUUCUUAAUGCCAUGGAGUUAGUUUCAACAACAAAGGAGGGUCUAAAUGAUUUUAGAAACAAAGGAUGGGAUUCUUUACUUGCACAAGUAAAGUUUUUUUAUGAAAAACAUCAAAUAAAUAUGUCAAAUAUGAAUGCCCCAUAUACUUCUACUCGAUACCGGCCUCGAAAAACAGACAAUCAUGUUACUUUUGAACAUUUUUAUCGAGUGGAUUUGUUUACAGCCACAUUGGACAAACAGUUACAUUAG